UAAUAUUUUGCAUAACAAUCAAGAAUACCAGGUGUAAGGAAUUUGUGAAGUAAUCCUGUUAGCGUUACUCAGGAACAAGGCGAGACAAAUAAUAGACAAAUAGUAAAAAAAAAAUAAGGAUUGUCACCAGGUGACCAUAUACGAGUUCAUCACGAAUAUUCCAACUUUCUUCUCGGAAUUUUGCGACAUUUCCCAUCGUUAUAUUAUGGGUAUUUGUCAAAAUAUUAUUAUUUUCUCAAAUUUUUGGAAAUAUGACGACUUUGUUUGCGACUUGACUGUCUUUAAAUAGCGGCCCUGACACGCCGCUGCGUGUUCGGCAAGCUUGUUCUUCAGCUCGACCUGACGGCACGUGGAAAACGGCGUCGGAUUGGCCGCAGUGGCUGCACGCGCCCCGCUGUUGUUAGGGAGAAGCUGAAAUCAGGGUGAUGCGGUUGGUCCAGGUUGCGGAGCCUAAAAACCUGAUGCAUAAACUGCACCAACCACCGAGCUUUGUCGAGUGUGAUUACCAUUAGAUUAAAGGCGGCGAUACUUUCUCGGUUGUCUUCGAUGUGUCUGCAGGACUACACUACUGUACCCAGGGUAGAUGCUGACGCGACAUAAAAUUCUCAAUGUUCUGAUGCGCUCCUAAAAAGCUGCUUUCCACCCAGGACAUCGUAUCAGCUCCGGCCAUGGCGCUGUUAACCCUGCAGCGCUCUCCGCCGCUCGCCGCACACAAGGAUUUGGUGAGUGAUGAUCAGAAAGCAGAUUCUAGCUUAUGUGAAAGCUUUUAUAUGGUAAAGGGGGCAGCCCUCUUUUUACAGCAGGGUGGCAGUGCCAGUUGUCCAAAAACACAGUUGCAUCAAGAAAAUUCAGAUGAUUUACCACAACAUCUGCAGGCAAUGCUUAACACCCUCCGCUUUGAAGACAGGGUGAAACUGGCUGUAAGAUUGGAGAGCAGCGGGUCAGAUCAUGUACGCUACAUGGUGGCUAUUGGCAGUCUUCAGGAAAACGAGGGGAACAUACUGGUUGGUAUGGACUUUACAACUAAAGACAGUGAAGGUUCCAUUGGGAUGGUUCUGCCUUUGUGGAGUGACACUAAAAUUCACCUUGAGGGGGAUGGAUGCUUUAGCGUCAGAACUGCUGGAAAGACACACAUUUUUAAGCCUGUAUCCAUACAAGUCAUGUGGUCAGCUUUGCAAGUGCUGCAUAAAGUAUGUGAAGUGUCCCAUCAGUAUAACUAUGUCCCUGGCAGCACUUCUUUCUCCUGGAUAAACUCUUAUGAGAGUCGUAUUUCCUCAAACCAAAGUUUCAUCAAUGAGUGGAACACCAUAAGCAACCUGGAAACUCCCAGGCCCAAAUCUCCUGUCAUGUUCUCGGACCAGCCAACCAAGAGGGAAAGAACAGAGAGCUUAAUUAGAACCAAACUUCUAAGCAUAAUGACAUUACAGGACUUAGAGAAUGUGACUUCAAAGGAGAUUCUAAAUGAGUUGGAGCAACACGUGAGCUGGAACCAGCAAGAGUACAAGGAGUUUAUUGACAAUGAGAUGUUGCUCAUCCUCAGCCAAAUCUACAAAUCCACACUGAUUUUUGACUACCUUUACCUGGGCUCAGAAUGGGAUGCCUCCAACCUUGAGGAACUCAGAAACUGCGGGAUUGGAUAUAUCCUUAACAUGACACAGGAAACUGACAACUUUUUUCCAGAACUUUUUUGCUAUUACAACGUCCAUGAGUUUGAUGAAGAGUCAGACGAUCUGCUGGCUCACUGGAAUAAAACUUAUGACUUUAUAAAGAGAGCACGAGAGAGCAACUCUAAAUGUCUGGUGCAUUGCAAGAUGGGAAUGAGUCAUUCAGUGUCCACAGUCAUUGCCUAUGCUAUGAAAGAAAAUGGCUGGCCACUGGAGAAGGCAUGUGAUUUUGUAAAAAAGAAGAGGAUCAUAGCUCAGCCCAAUGCAGCAUUCAUGAAGAAGCUGGCCAACUAUGAGGGCAUUUUAGAAACAAGCCAGCAGACGUGUAACAUCUGGCAGCCAUGUGGAGACCACAAAUCACCUGAAGACUUCUCAGUAGUGAGAGCUAGUGGUGUACAGACUCCCAAAGUCUUAGCGUUGAUGCCUAAACCAGAACAAUGGGAUCCUGAUCCCAGUGUCUCACCCUGCUGCUGGGAUGAACCCUCGCACCACCCCAACUACAACUACUACUUUCGCCGUCUCUCAGAUGCUGCACUGGACAGUGAGCCGUCCACACCAGUCCGCUGCCUACCACUGCUGCCCACUGAGCAUGUCUUUAUUGAGAUUGAAGAUGUGGAACGUGAUGCUCUUCUUGAAGAUAGCAAUCUUCAAGCUGCCCAGUUGGUGCCGCUCACACAGGGAAUGGCUGCGCAAACAUUGGAGGAUAUGCGCAUGCGCUUGGAAUUUAGCACUGUGGAGGAAGAGGAUGAGGAAGAAGCACAGAAAGAGGAGGCUGAGAUGGCAGCUUUGGCAAAUAAGAACUGCUUUGGCAAUGAGAAUGCCAACAACAGCAACCGCCUUGCUGCAAAACGCAGCUGCCCUUCUAGCUUUGAUGACAGUUCUAGCAGCGAAAAGUCUCACAAAGUGAAGCCCACUUAUCAGUCUAGCAUGUGUCUGCUAAACAGGUACCAUGUUCAUCGCCAUAACCUGCCAAACCAUGCUUGCAUAUCCAUCCAGAACCCUCCAGCCUGUCAGUACCAAUCAUGUGGUGCUGCCAGUGUUUGAGCACCCCAAUAAACUGUGAAGACUCCCAGAAACCUAUGUGCACUCUAGGGCUGAAUGUCAAGGAGAAGCUCCAGGAGAAAAGGAAAGCCAAAAUUUAUCACCAUUUACUGGUACCAUUGCAGAGCUGAGACUUUUGAAUUUAAGCUUGCAGAGAGAAAGAUAUUUUCCAUAUUUGCUCCAGCUCCAGCAGUGAAUUGCCAGACAGAAUAAGAGUCUAGCAUGCCUGCCUAAGCAGUACCUGGUUUUAAAUGCUCUAACACUGUAUAAAAACUAGGCUAAUCAUCUGGCCACUAGCCAUCAACUGACAGACAAGAAUAAUGUAUGCCUUCUGGUGUGAUCAGAAGAAUUAUUCUACUUUUCACUGCACAUUUUAGCUAUCAUAUUUUUAAUCUCUUCCAAGGUAUACAUUUGUUCAAACCUUCCAAAAUGUUUUUGUGCUACAUCCUGUAUGUGGUUGCUUAGCAAGAUUACCAGCUGUGACAUGAACUUGAUUUUACAAGGCAGUUUAUGAAUGCAAUUAGUGUGCAGUAGGACCAUUAUUUUUCAUAAAAUAUCCAGUUUAUUUUGUAUCUAUCAAACAUCUGCAAGUGUGUAUAUGCUAUGACAGCUGUUUUAAUGCUUUAUAUUUUAUACCGUAGUUGAUUGCUGCUACUAAAAUACAUUAAAUUAAGAUUUAAAAAGAGUCUGAAUUCUCAAUGUAUUUGACUUAAUAAGGAUAAGUAUACAGGAGCAUCUUCUGGAAUCACAAAUAUUAAUUUUUUUUGUGGCAGUUUUGUUAUUCAGUUGUCAGAUGUCAUUUAUGAGUUUCCAGUUUAAAGCAAUGACUGCAGUAAUGCAAGAGAGACUAUAUAUGAAAUGUAUGAAAGAUUGCAAAAAUUGUUCAAAUCUGAUUAUAAACAAACACUGAAGCACACAACACUUGUGGUGUUUCCAGUGUCUGCUAUCUCACUAUAUAAGGACAUGAACAUUCGUACAUUAUCACCAGAGCUGUUUUUAGAGUCAAUUUACCAGCUUUUCACCAUUUUAUUUGGUAAAAAAUAGUCAGCUAGACACAGAAACUUAAAGAUCUUACAACCCAUAAAAAAGUUUAGUUUAAAAUAUGAUGUAUACAAAUUAUACAGAAUGUACUUCCCAAAGUAGAUAAUAACUAAUAUUAUCAAAACUAAUAUACCUAUUGUGUAAAUAGUUGUAAUAAUUGUUUAAGUAAUUAUAUUUUAUCAUAAAAUAAAUUGAUCAUAUUAUAAUUACAAUUUUCUUACUAUUAACAGUCAACCCUGGUUGAGAAGAUGUUUGCUAAAAAAAAAUAAGGAAUUGCAUUUGAUUACAUUUUAAAAGAUUAUAUUAUAUGAUUUCAUUUAUUUGACAAUUUAAUACAUUUGCAUAAAAUAAUAUUUUCAGAAAUGAUAUGGUUGUGACACAGCAUAUCAAUCUGAAUCACUUAAAAAAAAACUUCUUGCAAUAAAAUGCUGGUGCUGCUAACUGGUGAACAUGGAGAAAUAUUUCAAGUUUUUAUUUUUAAAUAUUUUACAAUACAAAUGUUUAAUUGUGUGUGUGUGUAAGUUAUUUUAUUUUGUUGAAGGCAACAUGCAGACAAUAAUGUAUGUAGACAAGAAUGAAAUAUGCACAUAUUUGACUUAUAGGAAGUCUUAUAGGAAAUGUUUGCCACUGAGAAGCAUACAAAUAUGCCACAGCUCUUUAUAGCUUGGUCUCAUGGUGGGCACUAAAAACAAUACGGUGUGGAGUUUUGCACCGGCACGCACUACUCACAUUUUCUUCAGGAAAUGUCACAUUCUAGUUAUCUUAUGCUGCUGUACAUGUGUAGAUCUGAUAGAUGUAAUAGACUCUAGGUUUCAGUAGCUGCUUUUCUUACUGUCAUUCAGUGGGUAGCAGGUUGCAUUUAUUAGACCAUGUACACUAUUCAGUGUAACACAAACACAGUAUUCAGAUUUAAUAGAUAAAGGCCUCUUAAAUUAGUAGGAAUACAUAUAUAUAGCUGUGGGUGAAAGAUCUGAGAAUGACACAAAUAUACAUUUUCUAAAUAAAGUAAAGUUAAAUGUUAUAUAUUACUAUGGUAAAAUGAAGUAUAAUUACAAGCAUUUCAUAAGUAUUAAAGGGUUUUAUUGACAAUUACAUUAAGUUUAUGCUAAGAGUCAAUAUUUGCAGUGAUGAUACUUCUUUUUUUAAGACCUCUGCAAUUCACCCUGGCAUGCUGUCAAUCAACUUCUGGGCCACAUCCUGACUGAUGGAAGAACCUUUCUUGCAUAAUCAAAGCUUGGAGUUUGUCAGAAUUUGUGGGUUUUUGUUUGUCCACCCACCUCUUGAGGAUUGACCACAAAUUCUUAUUGGGAUUAAGGUCUGGGGAGGUUUCUGGCCAUAGACACACAAUUUCCCCGUUUUGUUCCCCAAGCCACUUACAGCAGUAAUCAAUUUUGCUUAAUGGCAAGGUGCUCUAUCAAGCUAGAAAAGGCAUCACCAAACUGUUGUUGGAUGGUUGGGAGAAGUCCAAGUCUAAACUCCAAGUUGCUUUGGGAGGAUGUUCUACCAUUCUUUAUUCUUGUCAGCAACCCUACACAUUAAUGGAUGCACUUACCUUUUCUUCUCCAGACAAGCUUUUUCCCGGAUGCCCCAAACAAUCCAAAAGGGGAUUAAUUGAAAAAAAAAAGACUUUACCCCAGUCGUCAGCAGCCUAGUCACUGUACUUUUUGUCUUUAAUGUUUUUCCUAGAGAGAAGGGCUUCUUUUCUGCCCUUCUUGACACUAAGCCAUCCUCCAAAACACUUUGCCUCAGCUGCCAUUCCUGAGCAACCUCUGCAUUGGUGGUGCCCCGAUCCCGCAGCUAAACUAACUUUAGGAAACAGUCCUGGCGCUUGCUGGACUUUCUUUGGUGCCCUAAAGCCUUCUUCACAACAAUUGAACCUCUCUUCUUGAAUUUCCUGAUGAACCAAUAAAUAGUUGAUUUAUGUGCAAUCUUACUAGCAGCAAUAUCUUUGCCUAUUAAUCCCUUUUUGUGCAAAGCAAUAAUGACUGUACAAGUUUCCUUGCAGGUAGCCAUGUUUAACAAAGGAAGAACAAUGAUUUCAUGCACCACCCUCCUUUUAAAGCUUCUACUCUGUUAUUCUAAUUCAAUCAGCAUGACCGAGUGAACUCCAGCCUUGUCCUCGGCAACACUUAACAGUCACUGACACGAUGCCAGCUGGACCUUAUGUGGCAGGGCUGAAAUGCAGUGGAAAUGUUUUUCUGGGGGGGAUUAAGUUCAUUUUCAUGGCAAAGGUGAACUUUGAUCUGAUAACUCUUCAUAACAUUCUGGAGUAUAUGCAAAUUGCUAUCAUAAAAAACUGAGGCAGCAGACUUUUUAUACUGAGGCAGCAGACAGAAAAUUUUAUAUUUGUGUCUUUCUUAAAACUUUUGGCCAUGGCUGUGUAUAGUACAGACCAUCCCAUUUUAUCCCAGGUCUGAUGGAGAGUGUAGUCAGCGUUCCAAUUCAUCCCAAAGGGAUUCAGGAGGGUUAAGGGCAGAACUCUAUAGCAGGCCACUCAUGAUCUUGCAAUCCAAACCAUAUAAACCAUAUCUGGAUGUACCUGUGUCCCACUGGUUUCCGCCAGUUCUUUGCUGAUUAAACUGCAAGACAUCUUCCAAUGUCGAAGGGAAGUAAGCAUGAUGUGUCUUUCAUCCACUGCAUUGUUUCCUUGGCUGACCACUGCAUCUAAAGUAAAAGUUGCCUGUUUCUUUGUGCUUUUUCAAAAAAGCUUGAAACCCUAAUCCGAUUUUAAGGCUUUGCCUGGGAGAGACUUGCUGAUGCAGAAUAAUUUAAACAUGUCUUCACCGUAUUCACAAAGUUGGGCUAUACCUUACCCAGAUUUAAUCCUCCUAUACAGCGGUUUCUGUUUCAAUAAAG